AUGUCGAACAUGAACUUGACGGUUAACCACAAUAGAUCAGAAAGUGGAUAUUCUAAUAAUUAUUCCCUUCUUGAGAUGUAUGGAGCUUCAGAUGAAGAGGAUAAAGAGGAAAUCGAUGAUCAUCAUCAAUUCGAUAAUGUUAUGGAAGAAAUCAGGGCAAAUUCCCUAAGUCUGUUUGUAACACCGUUAAAUCUGCAAACUAUUCCUAAGAUAUUAUCCAGUGAUUAUGACAGAUAUGGAUUCAAGAAAGCUUCCUUGCAUCAGACCAUCACCCGAAAAGAAUAUAAUGAAUGGUUUACUGAUUAUAGUGAAUAUUCACUUGAAAGAAUGAAGAAAUGGAAAGAUCUUGUCAACUCAAGUGGUAUAAAGUAUGACGACAUUCCAACCCGAUUCCCUCCUAAAUCAGAUAAGACCAAGAAACUCAUAAGAAGAGGAAUCCCUUCGGAAUGGAGAGGUAAUGCGUGGUUCUUUUAUGCUGGAGGUUAUGAAAGAUUGAAUAAGCAUGUGGGGGUUUAUGAUAAGAUAGUCAAAGAUACGAUUGGAGUUAAAAAUAAAGAUACCGAGGCCAUAGAAAGAGAUUUAAAUCGAACAUUCCCCGACAAUAUUCAUUUUAACAAUUUGCCAAAAGAUUCAAAAAGUGUUAAAGACCCAAAAGACAUUCAAGACAAUGAUAUCAAUAAUAAACCGAUGAUAAAAUCUCUUAGGAGGGUUUUGGUUGCAUUCUCCCAUUACCAACCACAAAUAGGGUAUUGUCAAUCAUUGAAUUUUCUUGCAGGUCUUUUACUUUUGUUCAUGAACGAAGAAAGAGCAUUCUGGAUGUUGGUGAUAUUAACCGAAAGAAUUCUUCCUAAAGUCCACUCACGUGAUUUGGAUGGGGUUCAUAUUGACCAAGGAGUUCUAAUGUUGUGUUUCAAAGAGUACAUCCCUCAAUUAUGGAACAUCUUGGGGAAAAACUUCGAAGGUGAAGUUAUCAGUGAAGAUAAGAUUUUAACUAAAUUACCACCCGUCACUUUAGUGACCUCAUCAUGGUUUAUGUCUGUUUUCGUUGGAAUCAUACCAAUCGAGGCUGUAUUAAGAAUCUGGGACAUCUUGUGGUACGAAGGAUCGAAAACAUUAUUCAGAUUCUCUUUAACCAUUUGUAAAUAUUGUCUUGAUAACAAAACUUUCAAAGCUAAAAAUGAUAAUGAUUCCGGGAAUACAGAAUUUGAACAGAUAGAAAUUUUCCAAUUCAUGCAAAGUUAUCCCAAGUCCUUAAUCGACCCCAAUAAGAUAGUUGAUCUAUGUUUUAAAAAAAUCGGAGGUUAUGGAUUUGGAUCUAUUUCACAGGAUGAGAUCAAUAAAUGUAGAAUCUUUGUUUCGAAACAAAGAGAUAAGAUGAAGAAGAAAUCUUUGAUCACCAACAUUAGUGAAGAUGAAAGAAAAAUGUUAAAUAAUGAUGAAAUUCAUGAUAUUUAUGGAUUCAAUAGAUCCAUAAUGAAUGGAGUUAAAUGGAAUAACAAUAUCAGCAAUAAAAUGAAGAAAAGAUUUAGUAGAAAGACUAGUAAAUAA